AUGGAGUUCCCGGGGCACGGCGGACGGCUGCUGGGCCGCCUGAGGCAGCAGCGCGAGCUGGGUUUCCUUUGCGACUGCACGGUACUGGUGGGCGACGCACGCUUCCCGGCCCACCGGGCCGUGCUGGCCGCCUGCAGUGUCUACUUCCAUCUCUUCUACCGCGACCAGCCCGCGGGAGGCCGCGAUGGCGUGCGGCUCAACGGCGACAUCGUCACUGCGCCCGCCUUCGCGUGCCUCCUGGACUUCAUGUACGAGGGCCGCCUGGACCUGCGCGGCCUGCCGGUGGAGGACGUGCUGGCCGCCGCCAGCUACCUGCACAUGUACGAUAUCGUCAAGGUGUGCAAGGGCCGGCUGCGGGAGCCAGAGCGAGCCGCUCAGAAGGCCAGGGUCCCCGCGGUGGACGCCCACACCGACCACCCCCCACGAGCAGCUGGGCCACCUCCCUGGCACUGCCCUGGAGAGGUCGACCGGGCCCUGGACCUGUCGCUGAAGCCAAGCCCGCGGCCGGAGCCUGGGCGCCCACCGCGCGUGCUCCAGCCAGCUCCCUGCAGCCGCCCGCAGCCGCCCGGAACCCAGCCGCUGGUCAAGGCUGAGCAGGACUCGCUGUCGGAACAUGAGGGCGGCAGCGGCCCCGAGAGCCCUCACAGCCCCCCACCGCCCCCCUGCGUGCCGGCCACUGAACGCCCGGCGGGGGUCCUGGAGCCGUUGCGGGGUGCGGACCUGGCGCCCGACGGGCCCCUCCGCAUCUGCCCGCUGUGCAGCAAGCUCUUCCCCAGCGCCCACGUGCUGCAACUGCACCUGAGCGCACACUUCCGCGAGCGCGAUGGGGCCCGCGCCCGGCUCUCCCCCGACGGCGCGGCGCCUACGUGCCCGCUGUGCGGAAAAGGUUUCUCGUGCACGUACACACUGAAGCGGCACGAGCGCACGCACUCGGGCGAGAAGCCCUACACAUGCGCCCAGUGCGGCAAGAGCUUUCAGUACUCGCACAACCUGAGCCGCCACGCCGUGGUGCACACGCGCGAGAAGCCGCACGCCUGUCGCUGGUGCGAGCGUCGCUUCACGCAGUCUGGGGACCUCUACCGCCAUGUCCGAAAGUUCCACUGUGGCCUCGUCAAGUCCCUGUUAGCGUGA